GCUCACCUGACCACAUUUCAGAUUCAAAGAAGUGAGGUCUGAGUCUAUCUAUGGCUAAGUCAAUGUAUCUGCUUUGGGGGUCCGGAUCCCCUCCCUGCUGGCGCGUUAUGAUCACCCUGGAGGAGAAGAAACUGCAGGGCUACAAACACAAGCUGCUUUCUUUUGAGAAAGGGGAGCAUAAGUCCCAGGAGGUUAUGGAUAUAAACCCCAGAGGGCAGCUUCCUGCCUUUAAAGAUGGAGACAACAUAAUCCAUGAGUCCAUCGGAGCAUGCUUAUACCUGGAGAAUCAGUACAAGUCUCAGGGCACCAAGCUGAUUCCUGACAGUCCUGCAGAGCAAGCUCUGAUGUACCAGCGUAUGAUGGAGAGUAACACUCUCAGUGAGAAAAUAGGUACGGUUUUGUAUUACCACAUGCUUGUCCCGGAAGGAGAGCGCCACGACUCUGCUGUGAAGAGAAACAGGGAGAAUCUGACCGCUGAACUUCAACUCUGGGAGAAAUACCUGGAAAAUGUGGCUGCAGGUUCCUACCUAGCAGGGGCCUUCUCCUUAGCUGAUGUGGUUGUCUAUCCAAGCUUGGCUUAUGCCUUCCAGUAUGGGCUGUCUGCAGAACGUUACCCCAAAAUUGCCAAGUACUACAACCUUCUGAAGGACAGACCCAGCAUUAAAGCUACUUGUCCUCAAAAGUGGUUCCAACAAGAACAAAGAGCUGAGAUGCUGAAGGGAAUCUGAUGAACAAAAACAUUGCACUUACCUCUUCUCUGCAAUGUUUGUCUGUAAUUACGACUUAGUAAAACACGACAACUAUAACUUGUUCACAGUGCACACAUUAAACAUUUUCAUAACUUUGACAUACAGUAGUGUUAAUGUGUCUAAUUCUUGUUUUCCACUGUCAUUUGCUUUAACUUGAAUGCUCACCCUUUGGAACUACCCAUUUAAUCACAGACAUUAGUUGGUUUAUCUUAAACAGCAACAAAUAAACACGUAAUUGGUAAA